AUGACUUACAUAUGGGAUAACGGUUUUUAUGGUAAAGGUAUUUUAAGUCGGAGCGAGCCAACGUGGCAGGGCCGAAUGCAAAAGAGAAUCGACACUUCCUUGAAGUCUAAAAUAGAUACUGGAGAAUUUGAAGAAGCCAAAGCAGACGAAAAUCUGUUUAGCGAAGAAGUCACAAAGCAUAGAAGGUUGCUGAGAGAUGCAUGGAAAAGAGAACGUGAGGCUUACUUUGCUCUCGAAAAGGACAUUAAACUGAGGUCAGUUCAUGGCGAGAUUUCAAACGAAGAUAAAAUAAUUCUGGAGACUGAAAGGGAAAGGUUGAGCAAUUACAAUAGUGCUGAAUUUAGUGAAGAGUUGAGAAUGGAAGAUUACGACGUGAUCAUUGACUCGAACAACAUUAGAAAUCUAGAGUACCUUGAGCUUGAUGCUUGUGAGACGCUAUUCCUUUUCCAGUUGAAGCGGAUCAGAGUAAAAAUUAACAAUGAAUACAUCGAAUUCAACGAUCUAGUUGAACUAUUAGUUGAAAAUUUUGGCCCCGUAAUAAUCAAUGAGUACGUGGUCUAUUAUCAUUACAAGUCGUUAGGAUGGUGUGUUAAGCCGGGGUUGAAAUUCAGCUGCGACUGGGUAUUGUACACUAGAGGACCUCCUUUCUCGCAUGCAGAGUUCUCCGUGAAAGUGAUCAACGAAAAUGAUUCCAAUUACGAUAGUUAUGGUGACACGUUGGUCGAUUACUCAGCUAUUUCAAGAGUGGUUUCCGGGGUAAAAAAAAGCUUGGUUUUAUGUUUUGUUGACGGUCCAGUCAUGGGAAGCGAAGAGUGGUAUAGUAAGUGGGAGGAUUAUCUGGUUGACAAAGACUUUUUGAAACUUUUGAAUAGCUUUGUGGUCAAUGAAAUAACGUGGAGGCGUUGGGCGCCUUCGAGAACUAGA